GAAAUUUAAAUUCCUCGGGGUUUGGCUCCCGCCCGCCGGCCCGGGAGGGACUGCUCAGCUGAGGGGCCAGCGGGGCCAGGACAGCCGUCUCUCCCGCUGCCGCGGAGCUGCUCGGCCGCCGGUGUCCUCCCGGCCUUUCCCUUCACUAGCCUCGGGGCGGAAAAAAAACGCCCGGCAAUUGAGUCUAUAUUUUUAAGAGCAAAGUAUUUAUUUUAUUAAAGAGCGAAAAUGUCGUCUUUUGUGCAAGAUCUCAGCAAAGCAAUGUCUCAAGCUGGCACUUCACAGUUCCAGGAAGUCAUUCGACAAGAGCUGGAGUAUUCAAUGAAAGUCGAGCUGGAUAAGAUACUUGCGACUGCACCUUCAAAUGAGCUACAGCACACCAAAAAGGACCUGGAAGGAUUUAAGAAGCUGUUUCAUAGAUUCCUACAAGAAAAGGGACCAUCUGUGGACUGGGGGAAGAUUCAGAGACCUCCAGAAGAUUCUAUCCAGCCCUAUGAGAAGAUAAAGGCCAGAGGGCUGCCCGAUAACAUUGCUUCUGUCUUGAACAAACUGGUGGUUGUGAAACUCAAUGGCGGCUUGGGCACAAGCAUGGGGUGUAAAGGCCCCAAAAGCCUGAUUGGGGUGCGGAACGAGAACACCUUCCUGGAUCUGACAGUUCAGCAGAUUGAGCACUUAAACAAAACCUACAACACCGAUGUUCCCCUUGUCCUCAUGAAUUCCUUCAACACUGACGAUGACACAAAGAAAAUCCUGCAGAAAUACAGUCACAGCCGUGUGAAGAUAUACACUUUUAAUCAAAGCAGGUAUCCUAGAAUCAACAAGGAAACGCUGCUGCCCAUAGCCAAGGACGUGUCUUACUCAGGAGAGAACACGGAGUGCUGGUACCCCCCAGGCCACGGGGACAUCUACGCCAGUUUCUAUAACUCGGGUCUGCUGGAUAACCUCAUUGCCGAGGGGAAGGAAUAUAUUUUUGUAUCCAAUAUAGAUAACUUGGGUGCCACUGUGGACCUUUACAUACUCAAUCAUCUUAUGAACCCACCCAAUGGAAAACGCUGUGAAUUCGUCAUGGAAGUCACAAACAAAACCCGGGCGGAUGUGAAGGGUGGGACGCUUACGCAGUACGAAAACAAGCUGAGGCUGGUGGAGAUAGCUCAGGUUCCCAGAGCACACGUGGAUGAGUUCAAGUCCGUCUCAAAGUUCAAAAUCUUCAACACCAACAAUUUGUGGAUUGCCCUGUCUGCCAUUAAAAGGCUGCAAGAGAAAAACGCCAUUGACAUGGAGAUCAUUGUAAACCCAAAGACUCUGGAUGGAGGCUUGAACGUUAUCCAGUUGGAGACCGCGGUUGGUGCUGCUAUUAAGAGUUUUGAGAACUCUCUGGGGAUAAACGUGCCUCGGAGUCGUUUUCUGCCUGUGAAGACCACGUCAGAUCUCCUGCUGGUGAUGUCCAACCUGUACAGCCUCAACGCCGGCUCUCUGACCAUGAGCGAGAAGCGGGAGUUUCCCACAGUGCCUCUUGUCAAGCUGGGAAGUUCUUUCACAAAGGUUCAGGAUUACCUGCGGAGAUUUGAAAGUAUUCCAGACAUGCUGGAGCUGGAUCAUCUCACAGUUUCAGGUGACGUUACGUUUGGGAAGAAUGUUUCAUUAAAGGGAACAGUCAUCAUCAUCGCAAACCACGGCGACAGAAUCGACAUCCCGGCUGGAGCUGUGCUGGAGAACAAAAUCGUGUCAGGCAACCUGCGGAUCCUGGACCACUGAGGCGGGCAGGGGCACGGCUGGGCCGGAGGAUGCUGUGCUGCGCCAGCCUCGUUGGGGCAGAACCUUUGAAGCAUUAGAAAUCCAAGUACACAGAGGGCCUACGCUUCGUCAUCGUCACAGUACCCUGCAGUAUUAAUUUCAACUUAAUUUCUCUUGCUUAUCUCGUUAAGCAGACACAUAGCGCCAUGGAUGUGCGUAAGUAACGCUUCAGUCCUUAAAGAGAUUCUGUAACUCAGUUAAUAUAACCUUGAAGUGCAAUACUGUUUGUCUUGCGGUAAGAUGGACAGAUCUUCUUCGAUAAGAAGUGCAGAGGCUUGCCUCGAACAGGUAGUAGUUUUGCAUUGCUGUUAACUGCAGAAAUGAAGCUGUGAAGCAAUACCCGUGGGACAACACGGUUAGCUACUCACGUGAUGACUUUUUAUGAAGUACAAGUGCAGGCACAGUCAAAAACCCAAAGUUUCACUACUGCUAACUGGGCUGUCACACCCUGUAGUUCCUGUGCUCACACCUUUCCCCACUGCAGCCCUCUGGAACCCCCCCAAAUUCCAUCUGGGAUGUCCCAUCCCCACUGUACGUCAAGAUACUGGGGUAAGGCUGUCAAUACCUCCAUUUCUGUAUCAUGAGAGUGGGAAUCGUCCGUGUUCCAAACUCGCCCAAAGAACCUAAUACUUGAGAAAAAAAGAUCCUCAGUAUCCACAUGUGGUGUUUGCUUUUUCACAUCCCAUCUCAGACUGGCUCUCCUGUUAACUAUCCUCAUCCUUAAGCUGCCCUCUUCUUCUCAAUCAGUGGAUCAUGUUGACUACAGCCAUGUUCAUAUUGUCACAGCCAUGUAUGUUAAUUUAUCUUGAGUCAUUUCUAAAUUUGUACAGGAAUGGAAAUCCCUGUCCUGAUCACUAUUGAGUUCUGAAUGUUUCUCUUGUAUUUACAUGCAGACAACUUUAUUUUAUAAGCUUAGUAUAACACUGGUAUGUAUCAUUAAAGAAGUUGGUCUUUAAAAAACA